AUGCCUACUGCCAAGGACGGCGACAGGAGGCGGUCAAGGUCACCCGUCUCGCGCCCGAGACGAAACCACGGCAGCGGCCGCGACGAUCGCGACAGAGACGAUCGCCGCCACCGCUACCGCGAUCGGGAUCGGGACCGGGCUGGGGACGCGGACAGCCAGUCCAGAGACCGCCGACGGCAGGACGGCGAGUCGUCCUCGCGCCCCCACAGGCACCGGUCCAGCAAGCGGCCACGGAGCACGUCUCAGUCGGGCCGGCGCGAUCGGAAAUCCAAGGAGGAGGGCUCUCGCUCCCGCCCGAAGCGCCCGGCGAGGCCGACCGCGGCGUCCAUGAUGGGGCCGGCCGCCGCCGCCGACGACGACGACGAGGACGACGAGCCGGCCGCGGGGGGAGAGGAUCCUGCCAUACGACGCGCGCGCGCUGUCGCGGCACGACUACACCGUCUUCCGGCCGCUACGGACAUCCACGGCCUCGGCGAGCGCGAGCUGCGGCACCGCUGGAGGUCCUUUGUCAAGCGCUGGAACGCGGGGAAGCUGUCCGAGGGCUGGUACGAGCCCGAGAUGUUCCAGCGCGUCGCGAGCAUGUGGGUCGAGGAAAAGGCCGGCGGUGUUGACGGCAGCGACGAGGACGACGGCUACGACAGGCCAGCCGUGUCGGGUGAUGACCGCGGAGACAGCCCGGCCGUAAUCCCGGGGCGGCCUGCCGCAGCCGGCGCCCACGGGACGACGUCUCGAGCGCUCAAGGCGACGUCGAAACGCAACGGCACGAGCAGCGACGACGACGGCGAAAGCGACGACGACGACGGCUUCGGCCCGCCGCCGCCGCCGCCCGGGGGAGCAGCCCCAGCGCGAGGCAGGGCGUGGCCGGCGUCGAGCACGCGACAGGGGCCCGGGAUACCGACGACGCAGGACCUGGAGGAGCGGCGGGCGGCCGACGACGAGGCGCGACAGGCGGAGCGGCGGGCCGGGGCGCUGGCGCGGCGGGCGGACCGGGCGGAGCAGAAGGAGCGGCUGGACGAGCUGGCGCCCAAGGCGGACGCGGGCACGCGCGAGCGGCGGCUCGAGAAGCGGCGCGAGCUCAACGACAAGCUGCGCGGGUUCCGCGAGGGCUCCGCGGGCGCGGCCGACGUGGGCGACGGCGAGCUCAUGGGCGGCGGGGACGGCGCCGACGACUUCCGCGCCGCGCUCGCGUCGCAGCAGCGCAAGAAGACGGAGCGCGAGCUCCGCCGCGAGGAGGAGGCGCGCGCCCGCGCCGAGGAGCUGCGCAAGCGGCUGCAGAACUACCACGCGCGCGAGGACCGCGUCGUCGGCGCGCUCAAGGAGCUGGCCAAGCAGCGGUUUGGGUGA